UUUGACCAUGAAAUUUCAGAAAAGGACAUCUGGGAACGACUCUGUUCUUAUCCAUCCGCCGGGCUUCUACAUAGUCGCCUUUACGUCAUUGAAUUUCAUCAACGUCUAUUUUGUUUUUCUCGCGUUUGUUUACAUCGUAACGGUUAUCUUCAAUGUGUUGGUGAUCUAUAUAAUUGUGACGGAUUACCGUUUACGCACCCCAAAAUUCGUAGCAGUGGUUAACUUGGCAGUUAUUGAUGUAGUCCUGAGCUCAUGCAUCAUUCCUAGUAUGAUUAAGUUGUUUCUCUCAAAAGAUAAUUUUAUUCCAUUUAAUUUAUGCUUUGUGCAAAUGUUCAUAUAUUAUUGUUUCGUGAGCCUCGAAUCAUUCGCUCUCGCGGUUCUCGCUUAUGACCGACUGAUAGCUAUAUGCUUCCCGCUGCGCCAGCACUCUAUCAACAACACGAGGAGUAUGUUUGUAAUCGUAGGGAUAAUUUGGUCUGCCUGUGUGGGUGUAACUAUAUUCACCACGUCAAUAAUGACCAGACUCUCCUUUUGUGGCUCCGUUCAAGUAUUUAGCUAUUUCUGUGACUAUGCGCCCGUAUUUAGACUGGCAUGUAAUGACAAUAGGCUGCAAUGGGCUUGCGCUUCGAUCCUGAGUUUGGUCAACCUUACCGGUCCGUUGAGUUUUAUCAUUUUAAGCUACGCGUGUAUCCUCCUCGUCGUUUUCAGAAUGAAAACUGUUGAGCGACGGCUAAAGGCGCUUGCCACGUGCACUGAACAUUUAAUCCUCGUGGCAAUAUUUUACAUUCCUAUUAUGUCAAUAUUUUUUAUCGGGCUCUUUUCCUCUGGCAUUGACCCCGACCUGCGCGUCUUGAGUCUGUCGUUAUCUACGUGCAUCCCGCCUUGUCUAAACCCAAUCAUUUAUUCUCUAAAAACAAAAGAAAUCAAGACCAGAGUCCUCGCGCUGAUCCACAAAGUGAAAAUUACACCUUGACGUCCAUGCCGCUCGCGUUGACUCAACACAUCCCCAACAAACAAACUCCAACAAUC